CACUACGAGGGUGAUGAACACAAGUUCAACUCCUCGGAGUCACAGCUCCUACAUUUUCUGGAGCGUACCCGCCAACCAGGCUGGAAGUGGAUCGAUAGCAAGCAGCGAUCCCAACCGCCGGAAUACUCCGCUGCGAGUUCCAAUUCCAGCUCUCAUCCUCAUCCCUACAAGGGCGACAAGAACUCAUAUUUCUGCGACAGAUAUCUGCUGCUUAGUCUGGUAUACGAUGCUAAGGUAACCGAGUGGUUUGCCCAGCAAAUCCCACCGAAUCCCAGCACCAAGGAAUCAGGACCUUUAGCUAGGCUGAUGAAUCAGAUGACCAGGAAGCAGUUCAAGCAACGCUUUGGAGUGGUCCUGGCGUUUAUGGCUACACAUAGCGGAUUGACCAGAUGGCAAGACUUUUCUCCAGUAGAUAAGGAUAUAUCGUCGCCAGAGGAUCAUUUCAGUAAGCUGUAUCCUCGUGCCAUCGACGAAGUAUGGUAUAAACGUGCGGUCGAGCAGUACUACGUAAAUCCGGAUAGUUUUGUUUUUUCCGUGCCGCUCGAAGACGAGGGUGCCGACAACACCACUCUAGUCACUGCCACUCGUGCUGUGUUUAUCGAAAAUAAGGGAAAGAAAGGGAAGGCGCCGGCCAUGGUGGUCGGCUUCCAGUUCCAGCACACUGCCUUGCAAGCGCUUUUCCAGAAUAUAACGUAUAACUGCGAUGGUUGCCAAAAAGACCAAAAAGAACAAAAAGAAAAAAGUCACUACUGCGGCGACGGGUCCUGGGCAUGUUAUCUCAUUGACAAUAACGGCUAUAUAAUCGCCGCCGAGGACGAGACAGACGUCGGUAAAUUUUUUGGCGAGGUCAGAGGUCCGAUAAUGAGCAGUUUAGUCAGAGAUGGUGUCUUUGAGAGGAUAAGAAUCUUUGAUUAUCAGGCGGUGUGCUUCAAGAGUUCGCAAACCAACAACGCCGGCAACAUUCUUCUCAACCCAUGGAAGCAUUUCCAGAAAGCAUUAUCAUGGAUGAUCGGUCAAGCCGCUUGGGCUUGGGCAAAGGCGGGCGUAAUGGACUCUGAUGACGCGGAAGCAUAUUACGUUAGCGACGAUGAAUCGGCCGGUGAUUAUCACGUAAACGAGGAUAAACCUCCGCCGGUUCCUGAAAAGGAAGGCGGAACCAACUUUGAUCAGAACAUUCUGAUCAAUCGUACACGACCGGAAGUGUGUGAUAAAGAGAUAUAUUUAUAUCUGCGAAACGCCUCGUUCGACUCGUUCGACAUGGACAUGAAUUGCGAGUAUAGAUGGUACAUGGUGCAGCCGGUGUCUUAUAGUAAUAUGUUGCUUGUGGUGGUAAAUACCGUUUGCGGCGACACGACGUCACCGACACUGAACGUCAAGCCUGAGGAAGUGAUCUACGAAAAUAACACGCUGGUUUGCCAAAAGACGCUCAUCGGUCUCAAGCGAAAGCGGCCGCAGUCCUGCAUACGCACGCAUCCUGACGAGAGCCGUAUCAGGGAUCAAUGCGGCUUGGCGACGAGCACCAGGUCGAACUUGCUUCUCUUGAUAUUGCUGCUGAUGUGCGCGUUGGGAAAGAGUACUUACUUCCUCGGCUGAGAUUGAGCUGAUUUCGAUUAGCCAAUGAUCGGUGUCAAACUAAUCAACAAUGAAAUUCAUAAAUAAUGCCGCGAAUCGGACCGACUUUUGCCUGACGGGGCGCAUACAUCCAGUUGUCUCGUCGGACAAUCAGAAUUGCUACAUAACGCAUGUAUUUGAACGAUUUUCUAAUUAUUCGUUGAUUUCUCUAAUCAAUAAACUGGUUAUUUCAUGCGCGCGAAUUAGAAUUCAUGUAACUGAUAUUUAAUUUAAGAACAAGGGGGAAAACUUGAGUAAAUGGAGAAUUUAGUAAGAGAGAAAUAAUGAAAGUAAGCUAAUUCUUUCUCUCUUUUCGAAAUAUUUUUAUAUAAUAUUAAUUGAAUUUUUUAUUCCCCUCUAAUAUCACAUAUACCAAUCCUGAUCAUGAGCUCUCUGAGAUAUUCUGUGCUCUCUUAUCUCUCGUUACUGCGAUGUACUCAUUACUGUAAAUGCGGACGCAGUCGAAUUAUGGUCGAAUUUCUAGGACGAAUUUAAUGUGCUAUCCGAUCCUGCCCGGUACAGUCAGUUUCUAUGCGAUCAAUCAAAUGUGGCGAACGCAAUCGAUAUCAAAAUGUGUGCUAAGAUACAAAAUUGUCCUCCAUCGUCAUCGAUCGUCAAAUCAGAUUAGAUGAUCAGAAUUAAAACGCAUAGCGUAGGAUUGUUCGCUAACACAUUUUCGAUCAUGAAAUAGAGAAACAAGUGUGAUUCGAUGAAUGAUUUAUGUAGAUGCAUUUUAUUUAUUAUGUCAUAAAGAAGAUCGAAUUGAAAGAAAUCGACAGGCGUCUGUUCUUCAAAUUAGAUACUCAACUCCGGAUAAAUUCCUGUCAAUUAUUUUCAAUUUCUAUCCAUCUUUCUUUCAAUACUCGAAUUAAAGAUAAGCGAUUGGAUCCUUCAAUAGGCAAAACAAAAAAAAUAAAAAAAAUAUAUAUACUAGGCGUCAUGAAUGUCUUAAUACAAUGAAGUUACAUACAUUUGCGACGUAUUUUCGUAUUGUUUAAGCAAUAAUUAUGAUGCGAUUGCGAUAUAGUUAUCUAGAUAUAAAACCGGAAUAUGUCUCAAAUAUGCGUAACUAUUUGGAGGCAUUUUUCGCAUCAAGCGAAUAUGGGCGUCAAAAUGGUCGAGAUUCUUUUUUCUAAUGAUUUUUCCAAAUACGCGUCAAUUAGAAGAAUUAGUUUCUUUUGACAAUCGGAAAGUAAAUUUUACUGAAUAUCAGGAUGCGUUCUCGAAGAUCACUAAAACAAAGUGUCUCAACCGACUUUGACAUUUUCCACCACAUGUAUGUAGAUAGGAACAAUUGAAUGAACACGAGAGCGCUACAGGUAUAUUCUAGAGUCGAUCUAGCCAGUUUAAAUGCUAACUCUCGUUGAAGACAUAGAUUUUUCUAGUUGUCGGAGCAGGGUCGCGUACUUCACACAGUGCAUGUUCACAAAAACACUACGAUACAUUCGCUUUGUACAUUAUAAAUCGACGGCGAUAUGGAGAGGUGACGUACGUCGUUUGACAUCUACAGAAAAUUACGAAACGUUAAUUUUGUAUAUCGCUGUAUCAUAUUGAGGUGUGUGUGCGUGCGUGCGUGCGUGCUUGCGUGCGUGUGUGUGUGUUUGUGUGUAUGUAAAGAAGUGUGUGCCUUUGGACACGCGGUUAAGCAAAGAGAAGAAAGAGGAAUAUGAGAUCUUGUUGUAUGUUUAUCGAAUAAAUUACCGAACGUUCUAUAUUACCGCUGAACUCCGACUCUCGGAUGGUGGUCUCGUCGCGGAAACGAGUCCUGUACGGAGAACGGGGGAUGUUGUUUGUAUUACAUAGAGUUUAUUACAAUUUGCUAUGUACAACGGCUUGCCUAUGUAAAACGAGGACGUUUUCGUAUCAAAAUGACAACUUUUCAAGAGAA